UAACCGUCAUUCGCGUUUGUUUCUUAAGACAAGUAAGUUCGUUGUUUACUCCGGCGUCGAUCAAUUCCAUUAGCUCAGUCCAAUUCCUCGGCUGUUUCGAACGAUAUAGCGGCGGAUUGAUAGAGAACUUACACCGACAUUAUACACGACAAUCCAGAUUAGUUCCAUGGCGCCAAGAUGGAAAUGGAAAGGAGCCGAAGCAAAAGCUCUUGCAGAACCUAUUUCAAAAUCAAUCUCAGAGCUCCAACUCUCUCUAGCCAAAACAGAGUCAUCGGGCUCCCUCUCGAGUUGCAACGUGCUCCUAGCUGUUGAACCAGAGCAAGCUGAGCUACUCGACCGCUGUUGUUUCGGCAGACUCGUCCUAUCCGCUGAGAAAGUCAAGAAAUGGAUUCAGUUAUCCUUUGAAGAAGCUUUCUAUUUUCUCUACAUCCUCAAAUGCAUCAAACUCACCCUUCAAGGCCGUUGCUUGGAGAACGAAGUCGACACGUGGAUGUACAUGAGAUCUAAAAGACCAAACUUCCCGGUUUUCUUCAAAGCUUAUUCACAUCUACGAUCCAAGAACUGGGUUUUGAGAUCCGGGUUGCAGUACGGUGUGGAUUUCGUGGCGUACCGUCACCAUCCAUCACUUGUCCAUUCGGAAUACUCUGUUUUGGUUCAGUCCGGUGACAGUGAUCGGUUAAGAGUGUGGUCUGAUGUCCACUGUGCUGUUCGGUUAAGCGGAAGUGUUGCUAAAACGUUGUUAACUCUUCAUGUCAGUGGUAACUCUAACCAAGAGGAUUUGAAUCUACCUACGUGUUUGGAGAACUACAGAGUUGAAGAGCAAACGAUAAGUAGAUGGAGCCCAGAACUCAGUCGUGAAGAUGAAACUACAAGUCCAACACCAAAAGUUACCAAUGUGAGUAAUUUGAAAACGCCAUGACGAACCGGUCCCGGUUAGUUGAGUACCGGUUUUGAUUUUUUCACAUGAACCUGUGUUAUUUAAUCAUCUAUUUUAAUAGAGUUUAAAUCUAAACACAAUCCAUUGUUAUUCAAAUGUUGAUUCUAAAUUC